GGCCUUCUACGUCAGCCCAACCCCUGCCCCUGAUUGGUUACAGUGCGCCGAUUGUAAAGCACGAGCAUUCUUUAUCAAAUUCUGAUUGGCUAAACACAUUCGAACUGCGUCUUUGAAGAAUUGUAUUUUUGUUCCUGUGUCAAAGACUGCUAGCUGAUAACAAGCUACGGUAGCUCUCUGUUUUUGUUAGCUAUCGACCAAAUCAACUUUAUCAGAGACGAAUUUUACAAUUUAUUGGAUGUUAAAACCUUACACGGAGUAUUGUAUCUGAGGACAACGUCGAACAUAAAUUUCCCGAACGAGAGCUUGGAAUAUAGCUUGCUAACUUAAUAGGUUAGCAAGCAUCCUUAGCCUAGCCUGCCUAAAAGCGACAGUAGCAAGUGCAAAAAAUUGGUUCGGAAAAGGUCUCGUCACACUCCAAAUACUCGGGGGCCUUAAUUAAAUUUGUAGAUUGAACUGUUUAUAACUUUUAGAUUGGUUAAAGCUGAUCUCAGUCGCUCUCGCUAAAGAUCGCGAGUCGCCGGCUAGGUAGCAGUUGGCUCAUUUUUCUUAUUCGGGACAAAUUUGCUGACAACUCUGCUACAUACAGCUGGAAAUGAAUUCAAACGUGGAGAACUUGCCCCCUCAAGUUUUGAGACUAGUCUAUAAGGAGGUUUCUGCCUUGGCAGCAGAUCCUCCUGAAGGGAUCAAAAUCUUCCCUAGUGAGGAGGAUAUCACAGAGCUUCACACUGCUAUUGAGGGCCCAGAAGGAACUCCCUAUGCAGGAGGGGUAUUCCGAAUGCGGUUGGUCCUUGGGAAGGAUUUCCCUGCUGCACCUCCCAGAGGCUAUUUCCUAACUAAAAUUUUCCACCCUAAUGUUGGACACAAGGGUGAGAUCUGUGUCAAUGUACUGAAGAGGGACUGGAAAGCAGAACUGGGCCUGAGACAUGUAUUGUUGACCAUCAAGUGCCUUCUGAUUCAUCCUAAUCCAGAGUCAGCUCUCAAUGAGGAGGCAGGCAGAUUACUUUUGGAGGACUAUAAAGAGUAUGCAUCCCGGGCUCACCUUCUAACAGAAAUACAUGCUAUGGGAGGCAUGUCAGGGGCUCCUCAGGAUCCAGCUGAUGGACCCCAACCCAAGAAACAUGCAGGAGAUCCAAGCAAACGUGUAGCUGGGGCCGGUUUGGCAAUAAUGGCUGCUGGUGCCAACAACUCGAAUAACAGCAGCACCAGUGGCACAAGUAGUAGUAAUACUAAUAUAGUUACAAAAAAGAAAACGGAUAAAAAGCGAGCGCUGAGGCGACUAUAAAAGAGUGAAUCUGUGUUUUUGUGUACAUAUUAUUAAUGUAUUAAUUAUUAGUGUGCAGACCACCAUUUCUUCCACCUCAAAUUGUCUUUGCAUUUUAGGAUAGCACAUUCGUUUUUAUGAUCCUACCUAAUCGCUCCUUGCAUUUGUUUGUUUCUUUGUCUGUUUGAACUUACUCUCAGGACUUGAACUGUCCUUGUGACAAUUCUUUCUUUUUUCCACUCAUAAACCCAGGUUUUAUCUGUGUUUUCAAAUGUUUCAGUUGUUCAGAUUAUGAAAACAGCAGUAAGGAUUUUUAAAAAAAAUCUUAUUAGAAAAAUCUAUUAUGUAAUGCCCAUCAGUAAGAAUUUUGUCUUGUUUCCUGGUCUAUAAGUUCCAGGAAACAUUGAUUGCUAUGGUCCCCCCAUUCUGGUGGCGAUUACUGUCAGCACAGGCUUUUUAUGAACGAGUUACCUUGCACAGCUUUGAUAUAUUUUUUAAUUUCUAGAAAGUCUGUUUUUAGAAUUAUGUCCCAUUUCAGUUAAAGGUAUAGCUCACCUAAAAAUGAAAGUUGUAAUUUAUUUGCUCGCCAUUACUCUUGUUCUGAACCUGAAUGUCUGUCUAUCUUCUGUACCACACAAAAUAUUUUCGGCAGAAUGUGAUGAGUAACAUUUCACUUGUAUGGCAUGAAAGUACAGCGACAACAUCUAUUAAUUUCUCCUGUGUUCUGCAGAACAAGGUAGGUCAUACAGUUUUUAAAUCACAUGAUGGUGAGUAAAUUGACAAAAUGUUCCUUUUAGGUGAGCUCUGCCUUGAAGCUAAAAUGUAUGGGUUGAAUUUUGUUCUUCAGGGUAUUGAGUAAUAUUAAGCAAUUGAUAUGAUUGUUGUUUCUGUGUCUGGUGGAAAGGAUGCAAAAUCAUGGUAACCAGAGGGGGGGGGGUUGAAAUGUGGUCUAAAUAUAACUCAUGAGAUUUUUUUACAAGUUUCAAGCAUUUCUUUGUGUGCGUUUGUGUUAUUGUUUCCAGAUUUUGUUCAGUUCUUUUCCUUGUAUAGUCAACUUUUCAAAAAGUGUUUUUAUUUUAAGUGAACAGCUACAUUUUAUCUGACAUUUUGGGGUUCGAGUUGAAGUCAUUACAAUAUUGGACCAGUUGGAAUAGAGCAAAGGGCAACUCUUUAAUCAUAAGAUUAAAUGCCACUUCUAGCUUAUCAUUCAAGUAUGUCACAUGCUCUUUGUCUGGAUCUGUUUAAAAGUCUUUGAAACGGAAAAAGUAAUUUGGCUGUUUGAAUGCUGAAUAUUUUAUGACCACAGCUGCACUUUUCUCUAGUCCUACUGGUCUCUCAAUCAAAAUGCUCUUAAGAAAAUCUGGGGCCUUUAUUUCCCAAAGAUCCUGUCUAACUAAAUGCUAUGAAUGUUGGGCAGGAUGUACUUGCAGAAUGAGAUUUGGCCAUCUGUAAAAUCUUGUGGAUGAUCAUUAGGGCAUUUUGGGGCCAUUUAAGUUAUUUAAAUUAAUGAAAAUAAAGGAAUUUUAGAGAAAUAUGA